CUUCUGCCUGAAAUGGCCAAGGAAAAUUCCCCAUCACUAGCUGAAGUUGUAAAACAAGUUGCAGAGCAGCAGCAGUCACAGGCAUCAGACAUAGAAAAAAGCAAAGCAGUUCUUUUCCAAUUGCAGGCAAAGUGCCAGGAACUAGAAAAAGAAAUGAAUUCUGUUCUGUUAGAAACAAAGACAACAGAAAGGGAGAUACAUCUGCAAGAUGAUGCCAUAGAAGUGACAAAAUAUCACUGUGAAAAUCUGGAGGCCCAAGUUAGAGCCCUGUAUUCUGAAAAUUUAAAAUUGAGGUGUGAUGCAGAAACAAUACAAGAGGAGUUUGAGAUGAAACUUGCACGAAAUAAUGAGUAUCGGGAAAAAAUAAAGGAUCAUAAACAUCUCUUUUGGGAGAUGGAAAGUAAAUUGCCAAUUAUGAUUGAACUUGAUGAAAAGAAAGCGGUUGUGGAAGAAUUAAAGGCAAAGAAGGAGGAGUUAAUAUGUGAUCUGCAGAAUCCAGAAGGAUCAGUUAUAAAACAAGUGCAGGAAGAAAUCACACUUUUAAAAAGUGAAGUCACAACAUUGAAAGAUUUGAUCAAUAAAAAAAGAGAUCUGCUGGAAGAAGAGAAAAAAAAGCAUGCUAAGCUUAGAAAGGAAAUUGAGGUACAGAAUAAGAGAUAUGAUGCUAUAUUAAAACGUUUGCAUUGCCAACUGAACAAAGUCCAAUCAAAUAAAAGACAAUGGCACUGGAACAUUCAGCAGUUGGAGAAGAAGGCUGCAGAACUAAGAAAAUGUCUUGGAGUAGCAGAGUUACAAAACAUCAUGUAA